AUGUCAUCAUGGGUGUCGACCGAUGCGCAACCUGGAUUCUCAUUACAGAAUCUCCCUUACGGCGUCUUCAGCACUUCGGAUGACUCGAGGCACCGCAUCGGAGUGGCAAUCGGGAGCAAUGUGCUCGACUUGAGAAUUCUCGCUCAGAAGCAGGUAUUCAAGCCGUUGGAUUUCGACCUGAGCAGUUUGGAGCAGGCCACAUUGAACUGUUAUGCAGGCCUCGGACACGAGGUACACAACAAAGUACGACGGUUCUUGCAAGAAAUAUUAAGCUCGGACACCUUGUCUGCCGACAUCCUCCGAGACAAUGCUGAGCUUCGAAAUGCAGCACUUAUUCCAAUGGAAGAGGCCCAAAUGCAUCUUCCAAUGGCCAUCGGUGACUAUACUGAUUUCUUCACAAGUCCUUACCAUGCCCGAAAUUGUACCGAGAUAGUCAGGCCAGGUACGCACCUACCGCACAAUUUCUGGAGAAUGCCACUGGGCUAUCACGGCCGUGUCUCUUCCAUUGUCGUCUCCGGAACCCCUAUUCAACGGCCAAAAGGCCAGUUUUUGUCGAAUGAUUCACCAACCUUCGGACCAAGUCAGAAGCUUGAUUUCGAAGUCGAAUUCGCCGCUUUCAUCGGUGGAGGAAAUGAGAUAGGAACACCUAUUAGCGUUGAUGAGGCUGAAUCCCACAUCUUCGGCUUUGUACUCCUGAACGACUGGUCUGCACGUGACAUCCAGAGGGCAGAGACUGGACUCAUGGGUCCUUUAAACGGCAAAAAUUUCGCGACGUCCAUCUCUCCUUGGAUUAUCCCUUUGGAAGCACUGGAGCCUUUCCGGACUGCACCACUACUGGAGGUCAGUUUAUCCCGCGUUAUCAUUGUGUCGAUGGAGUUCUUUGCUUAA